AUGCUGCAAACCGUUGGGGAAACUAAAGAAAUCGACAGGAUUAGUGCAUUGCCCGAUGAUUUGCUCAUAACUAUCUUGGAUCUUGUCCCGACAAAAGACGCAGUAGCCACCAUGGUUCUGUCUAAACGAUGGUUCUAUGUUUGGACGAUGAAACAGAGACUUGAGUAUAAAGACAUCGAAGAGAAGAGCGUUUGGUGGUUUCUUGAAAAUUCAUUGCAACUCCACAGAGCACCUAUCAUUGACAGCUUCUGCAUGGAACUCGGUCCAACGUGUCCUACUGAUGCUCAUGUCGGGAAGUGGGUUGCAUACGCUGUUGAUCGCCUCGUGCUUGAUAUGAAACUCAAUCUCCUCUGGUCCGCUGAGCCAACCAGCUUGCCCAAGAGCCUUUACUCCUGCGAACAUCUCGCGACACUGACUCUCUCCAACAAGAUUCUCGUGGAUGUUCCUCCUUCCGCUUCCCUCCCAUCCCUCACAAUGCUCGAGCUUUACAGGGUGGUUUACAAAGAUGAUGAUUCUCUGGUUAGGCUCUUAGCGAACUGCCCUGUUCUUGAGAGACUGUUGGUGAUACGAACGGCUGAGGAUGACAAUGUGACGAGCUUUCGUGUGCAAAUGCCUAAUUUAUUGUACUUAUCGUAUAACAAUUGUUAUAGAGACAGCUAUGGUGUAGGAGAUACUGGUAGGUGCUUGGCCAUAGAUACUCUGGCAUUAACAUUCUUUAGACUUUAUGAUACUUCCGGAGACUCUUGCUCGAUAGAGAUGCCUUGUCUUGAUACUGCAAUUAUCGACACUGGUUCUUAUCCUGAUGACAAGUUUGUAAUAUCUCUUUCCUCGGUCGUGCAUCUUAAGUUGUAUUUGACUCCUGAAUUGGUAUACAUCUCUCUUAUUGAGGAUAAGGAUUAUCAAAAUAUAUUGUGA